UCCAAUCCGACUCGCUUCUCCAAUCAGUUUCUUGCUUUGCUCGUCCGGAAUAAGUUCAGUAAAGUGUCCCAAUAAGAUGUCAGGUGCCAACCCCUUCGCUCAGUUCGAGAAAACUUUCUCGCAGGCCGGCACAACUUACAAGUACUUUGACCUCGCCUCCAUCGACAGCAAAUAUGAUCAGCUGCCCUACUCGAUUCGAGUGCUCUUGGAGUCAGCGGUGCGCAACUGCGAUAACUUCCAUAUCCUUGAGAAGGAUGUGCAGAGCAUCUUGGGAUGGUCACCGGCCCUCAAGCAGGGAUCCAACGAUGUGGAGGUGUCCUUCAAGCCAGCCCGUGUGAUCCUGCAGGACUUCACUGGUGUUCCGGCUGUGGUGGACUUUGCUGCUAUGCGAGAUGCUGUUUUGGAUCUGGGCGGCGAUCCCGAGAAAAUCAAUCCCAUCUGCCCCGCUGACUUGGUCAUCGAUCACUCGGUUCAGGUGGACUUUGCCAGAAUCCCAGAUGCUCUGACCAAGAACCAGACUUUGGAGUUUGAGCGCAACAAGGAGCGAUUCACCUUCCUGAAGUGGGGCGCCAAGGCCUUUAACAACAUGCUGAUCGUGCCACCUGGCUCUGGAAUCGUCCACCAGGUGAAUCUGGAGUACUUGGCCCGCGUGGUGUUCGAAAAUGACACCACCGAUGGCUCAAAGAUUCUGUACCCCGACAGUGUUGUGGGUACUGAUUCCCACACCACGAUGAUCAACGGACUGGGAGUUUUGGGUUGGGGAGUCGGAGGGAUCGAGGCGGAAGCUGUGAUGCUGGGACAAUCCAUUUCCAUGUUGUUGCCCGAGGUUAUUGGCUACAAAUUGGAGGGAAAACUGAGUCCACUGGUGACCUCCACCGAUCUGGUGCUGACCAUCACCAAGCACCUUCGUCAGUUGGGAGUGGUGGGCAAGUUCGUGGAGUUCUAUGGACCUGGAGUGGCGGAACUCAGCAUUGCCGACAGGGCCACCAUCAGUAACAUGUGCCCGGAAUACGGAGCCACCGUGGGAUAUUUCCCCAUCGAUGAGAACACUCUUGGUUACAUGAAGCAGACAAAUCGCUCUGAGAAAAAGAUCGACAUCAUUCGUCAGUAUCUGAAGGCAACCCAGCAGUUGCGCAACUAUGCUGAUGAGGCCCAAGAUCCGAAGUUCACUCAGAGCAUCACCUUGGAUCUGGCGACGGUGGUUACCUCGGUUUCGGGUCCCAAGCGUCCCCACGAUCGCGUUUCUGUCUCCGACAUGCCAGAGGAUUUCAAGUCGUGCCUGUCCAGUCCAGUGGGUUUCAAGGGCUUCGCCAUCACUCCGGAGGCUCAGUCCGCCUCUGGGGAGUUCCAGUGGGACGAUGGUAAGACCUACAAGCUGCAGCAUGGAUCAGUGGUCAUCGCGGCCAUCACCUCCUGCACAAACACCUCGAAUCCCUCGGUGAUGCUGGGCGCUGGUCUGCUGGCCAAGAAGGCCGUGGAGAAGGGCCUGAACAUCCUGCCCUACAUCAAGACCUCGUUGUCGCCUGGCUCCGGAGUGGUCACCUAUUACCUGAAGGAGUCCGGAGUCAUACCCUAUCUGGAGAAGCUGGGCUUCGACAUUGUGGGAUACGGCUGCAUGACUUGCAUUGGCAACUCCGGUCCCCUCGAGGAGAAUGUUGUGAACACCAUCGAGAAGAAUGGCCUCGUCUGCGCUGGAGUUCUGUCCGGAAACCGUAACUUCGAGGGUCGCAUCCAUCCCAACACCCGGGCCAACUAUCUGGCCAGUCCCCUGUUGGUCAUCGCCUACGCCAUCGCAGGACGUGUGGACAUUGACUUCGAGAAGGAGCCGCUUGGAGUGGAUGCCGAUGGAAAGAACGUCUUCCUGCAAGACAUCUGGCCCACGCGAUCGGAGAUUCAGGAGGUGGAGAACAAGCACGUGAUUCCAGCCAUGUUCCAGGAGGUGUACAGCAAGAUCGAGCUGGGCUCCCAGGACUGGCAGACACUGCAGGUGUCCGAGGGCAAGCUCUUCUCCUGGAGCGCCGACUCUACCUAUAUCAAGCGUCCGCCCUUCUUCGAGGGCAUGACCCGCGACCUGCCCAAGCUGCAGAGCAUCGAGAAGGCGCGCUGCCUGCUCUUCCUGGGCGACUCCGUGACCACGGACCACAUCUCGCCGGCUGGUUCCAUUGCCAGGACCUCGCCCGCCGCCCGAUUCCUCUCGGAGCGCAACAUCACGCCCCGUGACUUCAACUCCUAUGGAUCGCGACGUGGCAACGAUGCCAUCAUGUCGCGCGGCACCUUCGCCAACAUUCGGCUGGUCAACAAACUGGUCACGAAGACCGGACCCCGCACCGUGCACAUCCCCAGCCAGGAGGAGCUGGACAUCUUCGAUGCUGCCGAGCGGUACCGCGAGGAGGGCACUCCCUUGGUCCUGGUGGUGGGCAAGGACUACGGCAGCGGCAGCUCCCGGGAUUGGGCCGCCAAGGGUCCCUUCCUGCUGGGCGUGAAGGCCGUGAUUGCGGAGUCCUACGAGCGCAUCCAUCGCUCCAACCUGGUGGGCAUGGGCAUCAUUCCCCUGCAGUUCCUGCCGGGCCAGAGUGCCGAGACCCUGAACCUGACUGGCCGCGAGGUGUACAACAUUGCUCUGCCCGAGAGCGGUCUUAAGCCAGGGCCAGAAGAUCCAGGUCGAGGCUGACGGCACCAUCUUUGAGACCAUUCUGCGCUUCGACACGGAGGUGGACAUUACCUACUACAAGAACGGCGGCAUCCUCAACUACAUGAUCCGCAAGAUGCUUUCUUAAGCACCCAAUUUUCAUUAUGUUUUUAUUUUUGUAUAUUCCAUUUGCAUUUCUACACAGUAAAUUGUAGUACCCUAA